AACAAACCAUUCACAAACAAUAGCUGUGUAUGUCAUCAAAAAAUGAAAUUGGAAAGAAUUUUUUUACGGUACCAUGCAAAGAACACACUCAUUACUGCACUAUUCCGCUCACUUUUGAUGAGAGCAUUGAUAGUCACAAGCUUUUUUGCAUGGGGGACAAGCUUUCCCGCACUGGGCUUCGCGUCGAAAUAAAAUAAAAUAAUAAAUACCGUCCAAUAGAACCAUACCGUCCAUAUUGCUGAUGUCGGAGAACUUGAACGACAAGAACAACACAACAUGGCACAACGCAUUGCAAUCUUUAACGGUGAAAAGGCUAUUGAUGUCGAUAAUUAUCACACGUACGAAGAGGUGAUGGCCUAUUUAGCCGAAUUGGCUAACACCAACCCAUUAGUUUCAACAAAGGUUGGAGGAACAAGCGAAGAAGGUCGUGAUAUCGUCCAAGCGAUUAUUAGCAGUGGUCUUUCAGCAAACAAACCGGUCCACUUUUUCGAUUGCAAUAUCCAUGCUAGAGAGUGGAUUACAGCGGCUACUUGCGUGUGGAUCAUCGACCAGAUAACAACUGGAUAUGGUUCCGAUCCGGAGAUUACUUCGCUCGUUGACCAGUACGAUUGGAAAUUUGUUCCUAUUGCCAAUCCAGAUGGAUACGCCUAUACUUGGAAUACUGAUCGCAAUUGGAGGAAGAAUCGUCUUGUUAACAAUGAAUCGACGUUCGUCGGUGUCGAUGCUAACCGCAAUUUUCCGAUCGGUUUUGCUGGAUCUGGUUCCUCCAGCGAUCCCUGUUCAGGAACUUAUCAUGGAAUUGCCGCAUUCUCCGAGCGCGAGGCCAGCGCACUUAGAGACUUGAUUGCCGCUGAUCGUGGCAGAGUUAAAACAACUAUCUCUAUGCAUUCUUAUUCACAAAUGUUUCUUUCACCUUACGGCUACACCACCAAUUUACCUGCGGAAUAUCCUGAGAUGUUCCGUGCCAUGAAUAUCGCUGUGAAUGCGUUAACAUCCACGUACGGGACACCCUAUACCUACGGAAAUACCGCUGUUACCAUUUACAUAGCAUCUGGUGACACCACGGAUCAUUACUACGAGAGCGAAGGGGUUGAUCAUUCAUACACUAUAGAACUUCGAGACUCGGGUACUUAUGGUUUCCAAUUACCGCCCGAUCAAAUUGUUCCAACGGCCACCGAAACCUGGAAUGGAUUGAAAGCAAUGAUCAAUGCUAUUUGAGUGUCGUUUGUAACGUCUUCCCCAUUAGUUAACGAAAAAUAAAACGAAAUGCCGCUUUGCGAAAAACGUC